AUGAUUUCACAACAGCUGCCUCGUCCACCGGACGACAAGCUCACCACUCUUCUGGCACAUUUGCCCCCGUCCUCGACCUAUUUCUCACUCGAGUUCUUCCCUCCUAAAACUCAAGCUGGCUUCACGAAUUUGCAGGCCAGAUUGGCUCGUAUGACCACGGCCUUCAGACCUCUCUUCGUUACCGUGACAUGGGGUGCAGGAGGAAGUACUGCGACUAAAUCAUUGGAGCUAGCAGAAAUAUGUCAGAGGCAACUUGGUGUACCGACCGUUCUCCACCUCACUUGUACAAACAUGAAUCAGAAGCUGAUAGACGAGGCUUUGGAUGAGUGCCGGAGCGCAGGAAUCCGAAACAUACUGGCGCUGCGGGGUGACCCUCCACGAGAAGAAUACAAAGAUCCAGUCACAGAAUCGAGUCCGAAGCAAAUACAGGCUAAAGAGGAGGAAUUUGUAUGGGCUAUAGAUCUUAUCCAGUAUAUUCGAAAAAAGCACGGCAACUAUUUCUGUAUAGGAGUGGCUGGGUACCCCGAGGGACAUGCAGAUGAAUCACAUCCUGAAGCUGAGAAGCAGAGCGUCGAGCAUGAUCUACCCUACCUGGCGCAGAAGACAAAAGCAGGAGCCGACUUUAUCAUGACCCAGCUGACAUACGACGCCGAUGCAUACCGAGCCUACGAACACCGUUUGCGCAAUUACGUUGACACCGAGAAGAACGAGAAGAUUUUCAGAGAUAUUCCAAUCAUACCUGGUCUCAUGCCUAUACAGAGUUAUCAGAUUAUCAAGCGGAUAACGAAGCUCAGUCAUGCAAAACUGCCUCAGGAUAUUGCGGCCCGAAUAGAGGCUGUCAAGAAUGACGAUGAUGCCGUGAAAAAGGUGGGUGUGGAUAUUUUGAGUGAGAUUGUCGAGAAGAUACGAGCCAUGCCACAACCCGACGAUCUUCCUCGAGGUCUCCAUUUUUACACCUUGAAUCUAGAAAAGAGCGUUGCAUUCAUACUCGAGAAAUGCCAUCUUCUUCCUUCCGCAAACGAACCAGACACGAGCUCAUCCGAAGAUAGCGAUACACCUUCAGAGGAAAGUGACGUAGCAGUCGAGGGCACUGAUAAGGUUAAUGGCCACAACCCUGAGCAAAGGACAAUGAAGCAGUUCAAGAGAAGAGCGUCAAGUGUGAAUGCUCAGCCACACAACCGCGUAAUAGUUGGGAUGUCGAGGACGAAAUCAUCAGGUAACACAUUAGAAGAAAGAGAUGCUGAUGCUCCAUCUAUCACAGUGAGGCAUGCAACAGAUGACGCUGGUGCUGGCAUUCCAGCUUCCAAGCAGACUCGUGCUCAGAAGUUGAUGAUCAGCGAAGGACAAGGAUCCUUAGGUCGUGAAGCUACGUGGGAUGACUUUCCGAACGGUCGUUGGGGUCCUUCUCAUUCUCCUGCUUUUGGUGAGAUUGAUGGAUAUGGUCCCAGUUUGAAGGUCGGCCCAAUUACUGCUCGCAGAUUGUGGGGUCAUCCCAAUUCAAAGGAAGAUAUUACAACGUUGUUCCGGAAGCACGUCACAGGCGAGCUACAUGCAGUCCCUUGGUCAGACGAUAUCGAUUCUGAUGGUCCGUCAGUCACAGGCGAGGGUGCACUAAGAGCAGAAACAGACUGUAUCAGACAGGAGCUCCUCGCAAUGAUUGAGAAGAAGGGCUAUUGGACUCUUGCAUCGCAGCCUGCAGUCGAUGGUGUCAGAAGUGAUGAUCCGGUCUUCGGCUGGGGACCUAAAGGUGAAGGAUUUGUGUUUCAAAAAGCAUUUGUUGAGUUCUUUUGUCCAAGUGAUAGAUGGGAAAGCCUACGUCAAAGACUGAUUGACGCAUCCGAGUUUGAUGUUAGCUGGAUGAAGGUUGAUGCCGAAGGUAACUUCGAGAGCACAGAUACUGUGUCAGAUGUCCAGAAGGAUGGCCCUAGCUCUAAGCAGACACCUGGAACUUCUGGAGUCAACACAGUGACAUGGGGAGUGUUCCGUGGAAAAGAGAUCGUGACACCUACAAUUAUCGAGGCCGAGAGUUUCCGAGCUUGGGGUGAAGAAGCUUUCAGUAUCUGGAGGGAAUGGAGGGUGUGUUUUCCAAGAGGAAGUGAGCACGAAAAAUGCUUAGAAAAAUGCAGAAAAGAUGUAGUGCUUGUCAACGUGGUUGGUCAGAAGUAUAUUGGGGAGGACGGUCGGUCGCUGUGGAAGCUAUUACUCGAGGAUUGA